AUGUUGAUCGAUUCGGGAAAUGUUCCGAAAACUCAACGAGACGUAAAGAAGAUUAAAGAAGGGGGAGAUGCUGAGUGUGACCAGACCGCUCCUCCAAGACGUACUUUUACGCUUAAAGACUUCGAUAUUGGCAAACCAUUGGGCAAAGGCAAAUUUGGGAGUGUUUAUUUAGCACGAGUCAAAGGGGUGAACUUCAUUGUUGCCCUGAAGAUACUUUUCAAAUCGCAGUUAAUGAAAGCCAAUGUCGAGCAUCAGCUGAGACGCGAAAUCGAGAUACAAGGACAUUUGAGACAUCCUCAUAUUCUGCGUCUUUAUAACUAUUUUGAUGACGAAAAACGUAUCUACUUGAUUCUGGAAUAUGCGGAACGGGGCGAAUUGUAUAAAGAACUGCAGAAAUAUCAACGAUUCGAAGAAGAGCGCGCUGCCAGAUUGAUGUUCCAAAUGGCCGACGCCCUGCAGUAUUGCCAUGAAAAGAAAGUGAUACAUCGUGAUAUUAAGCCCGAAAACCUUUUACUUGGUCUUCAAGGUGAACUGAAAAUUGCCGAUUUCGGAUGGUCUGUGCAUGCACCAUCAUCAAGAAGAGCUACAAUGUGUGGAACAUUGGAUUAUUUACCUCCUGAAAUGAUUCAAGGAAACGAUCAUGACGAGAAGGUGGAUUUGUGGUCUUUAGGAGUUCUGUGUUAUGAGUUUUUGGUUGGUCGACCACCAUUCGAGAGCAAGACGAAUUCGGAGACUUACAAAUUGAUCAUCAAAGUCAGAUAUGACUUUCCACCACAUGUUUCUGGCGAGGCACGUGAUCUCAUUUCGAAGUUGUUAAAAAGGCGACCCGACGAACGACUUUCAUUGAAAGGCGUAAUGCAGCAUCCGUGGAUACGUCGAUAUGUCGACAAGAAACGAAUUUGA